CACGUCGCAGAGCGCCGAGGACGGUCUACGUCGGCUCCGGCCAGUACCAGCUUCAGUCAGUGUCGUUCUGGCCGCGGUCUCGUACGGUCGCGUUCAGGGCGAGAGAUCGAUCAUCCGUUCCUCGCCUAUUCAGACUUGCCUUCCCUUGGUCUACUUUCAUCCCGCGAGACGUCUCGAUCUGCGAGCUUAGAAACACUCGAUCGCUCUCGGCGUUGACGUUACAAUAUGGGCUAGAUCGUGAAAGCGGCAGAUGUAAAAUCGACGGAGUCAUGUGUGGAAUAAGUAGAAGAGAAUAAGAAGUUGGAGUCUUCGUCGAGUGAUCAGUGCGAUAGAAUCUCGAAUUCUAAUUUCGACGUGUAUCGUCCAAGAUCUACUAUAUCGCGAUUAUAGUACGACUGAUAGGCACUGGUGGGUUCAGGACCAUUGUAAGAUGAGCCCGGCCUUCCAGGGCGCCCUGGAGGUGGAGCGAUACCUUGGCAGUUGCCUCAUCUCGUCCGUGCGCGCCGGAAUUCACAGCGGCAAGUCCUCGGCCGUCUGUCGGAAGCAGGAACAACAGUCAGCGACGGUACGCGGCGGCAAGGUCCGUGGUUGUUACAGUAAUGCAGGACAGGGUUAUCCCGGACUGGCCGAUCAGCAGCAGCAGCAGCAGUGUCAAGUGCAAUACGCCGGUCCAGGAGGCUGGACGGGCGCGCCUUUGAUAUCAAUGACGUCAAGUCCGCGCAGAUGUAAUCAGCGAUCGUCGCCGUCGCUCGGCCAACAGCAGCAGCAGCAGCAACAGAUAACCUGCUGCGCCGAUCAGCAGCAGAUAUCGCCUGGCGGUCACAAGAGUCCCUUGUCCAGGCUGGCUAUUCACACCCAGGGCGCACCUCUGAUUUUAACCGGGCGAAUUUACAAUCGCGGCAACAAGGUACACGCCAACAACAGUAACAGCGGCAGUUCCAAUGGUGCCGUUAAUAUGCCACUCGUCGGCACGUACGUUCAUAAUAGCGCGAACCCGUCCAUGACGAGUAACGUGAACGGUGCGACGAAGAAUCUGACGUCGAGACUCAUUGCUCAUAGACAGUCGACAGAGAACGCUAUGAAGAAGCAACCACCAACGAUUCCCGCGAAUCCUAAAGCGAAUCCCAACUCGGACUGUUCCUCUACCGCGGGAAAGGAGAACGCCGGUUCCUCGAGUAUCGCGAACAUCGACUCGCUGAGUAUCGCGAGCGAUGAAAGUUCCGGAUCCAACAACUCGGAGAAUAGUUUGCCGCGCAUAAUCAAGCCGCGGAAACGCCGGAAGAAGGACCGCAAGCCGCCGAAUAACGUCGUCGCCAACGGCGUCGUCGACGGGACGAAAUUGGAGGAGCAGCAGCUAGUGACGACGACGACGACGACAACGAUGACCGCGACGACGACGACGUUGCAGCGGCAACAAUCCUCGGGAGGUACCGGGAUAUCCGGGGACCAGAUGGGCGUCGUGAAAUCGUACGCGCCCACCUGCUACGAACCUAGAAUUUACGACGCAACCGCGCUCAGGAAUUAUUCCAGGAGGCCACCGGCUGGCCAUCAUCGGGAGACCGUUUACGGCGGUUGCAGAGCGCCGACGAUGCCGACGACGGAGAUGACGGACGGCAGACAGCAGCGGUAUCAUCGGCACUAUGUGCAAGUGAAAGUGCUCGAUGACAACCGGAACGUGGUCUCGGCGCCGAUGCGCGCCGCAGCCGAGCCGCCCAAGGGCUACCGGCAUCAUCAUCAUCCUCAUCAUCAUCAUCAUCAUCAUCAUCACCAUCAUCACGCCAACGGUAACGGCAACUGCAACAGCAAUCCGCCGCGACGUUACGGUCGCGAAUACGCGAGCGAGUCCUGCGAGGCUGCCCUCAGGGACGAUAGUUUGGGUACCUGUCAGUGCCGAUAUUGCGAUCCGGCCGGUCUUAUCUGGGACGUCGACCGGAACGGUUACUCGCCGUUUUUGACGGGGCCGCCGUCGCUUCCGGCACCACCACCAUCCUCGUCCUCUUCAUCAGCUGUCGAUUAUUGUCCUCGCGGAGGUCAUUUCGGUCAGAUCCCGCUGUUUCUCGUGCCACCGGGUUCGAAUCUUCAGGAACGCGCGCUCGACAGACUCUUCGACGAGCAUCCUCGACAGGAGGUGGACGAUAGGGACGCGGGGCCCGUCUCCGGACCCGGUGGGGUAGUUUUGAGGCGUAGUUGGAGCGAUCCGACGAGUUACUUUAGCUACGGAGAGGAAAUCGUCGCACCGACGAGAGACGUCGGCGUUAUUGGCGAUCGAGGGGGUCAAGGAUCCGAGGGCGGAAGACACAAACGGACCCUUUGGCGCGGUGACAGCAUCGGCGGUGCCCCAACGAGUUCGCCGACGGGGGGCAUCAACGGGAAUCCAAAUCCCGGCGGACUCGUUGGGUCUCCCAAAGGCCUCGAGGUUUCCACGGAAAUUAUCACGUCGCCCAACGGCCAUCGCGACCUGGAGAUCAAAUUCUACUCGUCACCGUCGCCUGCCGAGGAGUCCGACAAGUCCUCCAGCCUCGUUAUCGAGGAGGUCGACGACGACGAGAACAACAGGGACGACGACUUUAGUGACAUUUGGAGUUACCACGAGUCGAAGCUGCAACAGGACUUUCGCACUCUAUUACAAGCGGAAGAGUGAGAUGAACCCCUUUAGGGAUUUCAACGACUUGUCAUUUACUUCUCUUGCUACUUGAAGUGUCCGUGCGUUCGCGUAAAAAAUUGCUUGGUGGAGUGCGAAGUGACAGCAAAAUGACAACAGCGACAACAAUAAUAAUAAUAAUAAUAAUAAUAAUAAUAAUAAUAAUAACGAAAAUAAAAAUAAAAAUACGGAGAGAAAUGGAGUGUACGUGGAUGUUGAAGACAAAAUGUUUGGCGCACAUCGGUAAAAAAAUAAAAAUACGACGACGUUUAUCUUCGUCCGUUUCGCGCGUAAACACAGAGCUCGAUCGAACACACUCGGCCUCGGAAUCUCUCUCGCGGUGUCUCGCUUUUAUGUGCGGUCGAGGGUCUCCCGGGGGCCAAGUGUCAUUUUACGAAGCGCGAAGCCGCGAAACCUCGAUAAGACGACGACGACGACGACGACAACGAAGAAGAAGAAGAAGAGGAAGAAGACGAUGGAAGGGCUUUCUCUGCUAACGGUGUUUGUAGUACACGCGCGUGUUGCACGCGACGCGAUAGAUUUCGAAGAAUGGAUCAUCUCUUCUAGGCGCUUCUUCUAGGUGUCGUAGUGAAUUGACUCCGAUCAGCAACGAGAAAUCGAACCUCGUAGUCCCGUCGCAAGCGUGUUUUAAGUCCCGGAAAGAUCAGGGAAUGUGUUUUUGUGCGUGUGGCCGCAUCUCAUGCAUUUGUCACGUAUCGUAAGUGCGGUGAAUUUUUCUCGUAGUGGGUUUUGUAGUACAACGAUUGUUGUAGAAGCAACAUACUUUUUAUUGGUAUUUUCCAUUUAACAACGCAAGUCGACACAAGCAUCAUUCUAUUUUAUUCUUAUAGAAUGUAGAACAAAAAUAGAAUGACACUUGUAUUGUUAAAUGGUAAGCACCUUAUGACGCUGCUUAUACUUAUAGAAGAUUUCGCUCGGAGAUCUGGAGGUGAUUGAUUUAAUUGAGUUAGCUUCGUGGAAAAAAACUGUCAGUUUGUUCGGGGAAUAACGUCGUUUGCGUAUGUUUUGCAAAAUUAUUUCAUUUCGCACGAUUGUUUGUGGUCAUUUAAUCGACGUAUACUAUUGCUUCAUACUUGCGUCGAUCGAUUAAACGGCGUUGAUUAAUGAAUUCUGUCAUUUUAUAAAUGAUCGAGCUAUAAAAAGUGUUUAGGUAAUUCCGGCUUACGGCGGUAUUUUAAUUACGUACCGAUUCUGUAGACGAGUAGGCAACUUUCUCUUUAUUUAAGUUUUUUUUCGUAACUCGUUUUCGAACAACGAUGGUUGUACUACGACUUGCGACGAGAAAUCAUGCGUAAAAAAAAUGCCGGGAAACGAUGAAAAAAAAACGCGAAGAGAAAUAAAAAAUAUAUAUAUAUAUAUAUAUAAACGUCUCUGAUAUUUUAUGUAACACCAAUCAGAAUAUCGAAAUGCCUUCAGUAGACGUGGGACCACUCAUCUCUCUUUUUUUUUCUAUUCUUCCAUAUCUGUUUUCCGAUCGACUUCCCCUUCGAUGAUUUUAUCUCGCUGCAUAUAAAUUUAUUCCAUUUUAUUCUUUCCCAAGUCUCCGACGUCUCCGAUUCUUCUUAUCAUUUCAUCGUGUCUCGGCAGUAAAACACGCAUAAUUAGAUGCGCGUAGAAUUUCAAACGCCAUCGCCGCGUUUUUACGCGUAAUUAAGCAGCCGACUAUCUUCUCCGAUGUUCAUUAAUUACAAAGGAGGAAGAAAAAGCGACGAUUUGUUUGCAUUCUACGCGCGCGGACGCGCAACACUCCCCUUAAUCACGUUAAAUCGUCUCGACCGAGAUUUAUUCGUAGCAUGCAUCACCUCGAAAAGGUUUUAUUUAAUCGCGCCCCGUACGCUCAUUCAUGGGAUACACAGAGCUAGAAAGAAGACCGCCCAGCUGGUCACGUGACACUUAGAAGAAGCGUCGGCAAGAGGGUUAAUUGCGAGGGUUAAUCGCGGGAUGCACUUGAUCGUACACCGGCACACUUGGCGAUGUUGCGCACACAUACACCCGGCUUUUUCUCGCCGCUAUCGUUGUCGAAGACGAGUAGCGGCGACGUGACCGUUUAAAACGUAACGUAGCAAUUAAUCGGAGGAACGGUCCGGUCCAGAGCCGCCGAUCGUAAUCGACGUCUGCACCUUCCACCCCGGCCCCUCUUUCACGGUCGAUAGUAGGUCGAACUGUCGGAGAGAGAAUCUUCCUCAGUCUCUUCUUCUUCUUCUUCUUUCGUCUCCCUCCCUUCUCAAGGGGCUUGCCUCGCGUGAAAGGAGAGCUACCGUCUCUCGUUUAGUAACUGCGUUUAAUCGCGCGCUAUCAUCCGCGUUUUAUCGGAUAACUCGGCGCGCAACGGUUCAGCUGGUUGACUUGAUAACCGGGCGACUGCGAGAAAGAGAGAGAGAGAGAAAGUUCGUAACAUUGUUUCGUAACGUUGUUGCGCGCGUUGGCCUCAUCCUCUCGCGCCUCUCCGCGUUUUACCGUUCGCUGUCCCCUUCUGCUAAAUAACGGCAGACGCGGAUCGGGUAAACUCGUUAUUGAUUUGUCCAAUAUCAAUGUGUACUUUGCUAGUGGGAUUAUCUCGCUGUCCCGCCGGACUGGAUGGGAAAGAUAUUGUCGCGCGUUCCCGUUACAAGGAUAUACCUGUCUCUCGUCUAGGAUCGAUGGACUUCUCCGCGAAGCACGGAAUUUAAUUGCAAUUAGCGUCGUUUUGCAUUCUUCUCUCUCAGCGAAGCUGACACGGAGAUUUGGAAUUUGAAGAUUUUUAAUUUUAGAUACGAAAUUAAUAUACGUUUACGUCUUGUUUUUUAUUUUCUCAAUAAUGUAAAGCCAUCGAUUACGCGUAACUUAUGGAAAUUUGCAUUCUUUGCCAUUUCUCAACGUUGAUGGAGGCUUUUUAAAAGUCCUUCGUUCCUCUCAUCGAUGAAUAAUUAAAUGUCAAUUUUUCGGAGGAUGUGCAUAUAAUUGUGCGGAGUAGGCACGGGUUACCAGCAUCCUCCGCAUCUCCCACCUAAACGCUCGAGAAGGACACCCGCUGUGAUUUUAGUGCGGUUUUAGGCUCGGACUUCCUAACCGAACUAUUCGUGGCUUGGUUAAGGAGAAUAAGCAGUCUCACAUAAUCCUCGUCUUCUACCUAGGGGGCGAGUGGUAUAUGUUUACAGAUUUUCAUAGCGUUAAAAAAAAGAAUGUAAAUAUAAUCGAUCGAAGCUCUCGAGAUUGUGCGAGGGUGGAAGGUGCGGCAGGAUCAAUCCAUGUAGACUCGAGGAUAUACUAUAUAUCUAUAUUAGAACGAAAGGCCAUCGCGCAGAUUUACACAGAUCGAAUAGAAGCGAGUCGAUCAGUCACACACACGUGCAAAGUCUAUCGCGAUCUGUGUCGUGAUAGGUCGACUCGUUCUUCUGUAAAUCUGCGCUCGAUGAUCGAAAGAGAAGGAGAAGGAGCGUUGAUCGAGGAGACCGAGUCGUGCGACGAAUUCUGCGUCAUUUUGUAUGCGAUAUACGAAGACUAUACCACCUUGUCCCCCUCUCCCUUUCCGCAUUUUCCCACAAUAUACAUGUCAACCAGACGAACAAAACACGCAUUACUACGCGAGCCAUCACAGCAUUGUAACUCAUCAUCUUCACCGUCACACACGCACAUGUACACACACAUACACGCAGCCAAUCAAUACCACCUAUCGUUAUUAGAAGCCGUAAGUCUAGAAUCUAUAAGGCGAUCCAUUUAGAUUAUUAUCUCCGUUGUCUAUAUGUGUAUAGAGAAGAAAUCGCGCGCGAAGACGGUUCGCCUUUUGUUGUCACGAUUUCGUGAAGUGCGCGAAAGUGGAAAAACGACGACGAGGCACGCCUGGGAAUCUAAUUCAAUGGAUAUAUUUUUUUAUCUCUACGAUGUACGUGUGCGUUUCGUUUUGGAGAAAAAAUGGAGCAACAAAGAAAUAUAUUGCAAUGAAUGAUAAAGCGAAAUACGGGGCAAAGAGGUCUACAAAAUUGGGAUGAUACCAUAUCAUCUCUUUAUAUACAAUAUAUGUAUAACAUAAUUAUAUAAUAUAUUAU